AAUGAAGUACUGACCUGACAGAGAGAGAGAGGGGGAGAGAGAGAGAGAGAGAAAAGUAGGUGCCAGAGUCGAAGUGGAAAGAAGAAGAAUAGAACAAGUUGAAAAUGAAAAUGGCAUCAUCAUCUUCAGAUAAAGAAGAAAACAACAAGUUUCCACUACUCAAUCACUCUCCUAAGCCCAAAUUAGGUGGAAUCAGAACCAUUCCCUUCAUCAUUGUGAAUGAAUCAUUUGAGAGAUUGGCAAGCAUUGGAUUGAGCCCUAACAUGGUAUUCUACUUGAUGAAUGACUAUAACAUGGAAUUGGCAACUACCUCAAUCAUACUCUCUUUGUGGUCUGCUCUUUCAAAUGGAUUAGCCAUUGUUGGAGCUAUGCUUGCUGAUUCUUGUUUGGGUCGCUUUCGGGUCAUUGCUCUUGGAUCUAUCUCUAGCCUUCUUGGUAUGACUACGCUUUGGCUAACCGCCAUGAUUCCACAGCUGAAACCGGUACCUUGCGAUCAGUUAAACAAUAGUUGCAACUCUCCUUCAAUAGGUCCAUAUGUCAUAUUAUUCACUUCUUUUGGACUAAUCUCCAUUGGAGCGGGCUGUAUUAGACCUUGUUCUAUGGCAUUUGGCGCGGACCAGUUGGACAAUAAAGAAAACCAGAAUAAUCGAAGGGUUUUGGCAAGCUACAUCAACUGGUACAAUGCUUCAACUGCAUUAUCGGCUGUUAUUGCUUUAACUGUUCUUGUAUACAUUCAAGAAAAUUUCGGUUGGCGAGUAGGUUUUGCAGUCCCCGCUCUUCUCAUGGCUUUCUCUGCUCUAAUUUUCGUACUCGGUUCUGUUUUCUAUGUCAAAGUUAGAGCUAGCAAGAGCUUGUUUUCUGGAUUUGCUCGAGUUCUAGUAGUGGCAUUUAAAAACAGAAACAUUGAUCUCCCUCCGAGUCCUUGUGAUGAUUGUUACUAUCAAGGCGAUAAAUCGAAGCUCCUUGCACCAACCAACAGCUUAAGGUGUUUGAACAAAGCUUGUAUAAUUACAAAUCCCGAGAGAGAUUUAAACCCAGAUGGAUCGGCAUCAGAUCCAUGGAGUCUUUGCACCGUGGAACAAGUAGAAUCGCUCAAGACUUUACUUAACGCCAUCCCCAUGUGGUCCACUACCAUUAUGAUCACCGUGAGUAUGACCCAAACUUCAUUCGCGACGCUUCAAGCAAAGACCAUGGAUAGACACCUUAUCUCAAACUUUGAGAUUCCGGCAGGGUCCUUUAGCGUAUUCAUGGUUGCGACACUAAUAAUAUGGAUUGGACUCUAUGAAUGGGCAAUGGUGCCCUUAUUAGCAAGAUACACGGGAAAUAUACGUGGUCUUAGCCCUAAGUUUCGAAUGGGGAUUUCAUUGGUAGUCACGAGCAUCGCAGUGGCAAUCGGAGCAAUUACCGAAAGCGUAAGACGGAAAAUGGCCAUCGAAGAAGGGGUGGCGGAUGAUCCGAAUGCCAUUGUGGACAUGUCUGCAGUGUGGUUAAUUCCACAGUUUGCCUUGCUUGGAGCGGGCGAUGCUUUUAAUGGAAGCGGGCAAAUAGAGUUCUAUAUGACUCGGUUUUCUAAAAGUAUGUCUAGUAUGGCGGUAGCUCUUUGCACAUUCGGGAUGGCGAUAGCUGCCUUGGUGGGCAGUGUUCUGGUUAGUACCGUGGAUAAUGUCACUAGUAGUGGAGGUAAAAUAAGCUGGUUGUCGAAAAACAUUAAUGAGGGUCACGUAGAUUACUAUUAUUGGCUAAUUACAAUUUUGGGGCUGGUUAACUUUGUUUAUUUUCUUAUUUGUUGUCGGGUUUUUUAUAACGAACCUUUGAAGGAUGAAAAUGAAAGGACGACCUUUUUUGAAGACAAUCGAUGAUGAUGAAGAAGAAGAAGAAGAAUCACACGAAAAGUAUGUAUGGUAUGCUCUAAGGAUGCUAAAAUGUAGUGUUCAUUUUAAUUUAGAUGACAUGAAGAUAAAGAUUAUUUUUCUAUUAUUUUGUCUUUGUUUACAUUUGAUUUUUGAUAUGCUCUUACACAUUAAUAAUUGAGCAAUCUAUUUUGCUUUUCCAUAUUUAUUGUCUUCUGUAUCUGAACAAAGUACAAAAAAACAAGUUUGUUGCAUCAAAAAAAUCUAGUAGUAAAUAAGUUAGCUUUCGUGUCUCGGUGCCAA